ACAAUCCUCCGAUCCCCAGGGCUGCUCUUCUCCAACGGGGAGCGGUGGCGGCAGCUGCGCCGGUUCUCCCUCGCCGCGCUGCAGGACUUCGGCACGGGGCAGCGGAGCGUGGAGCCGCAGAUCCAGGACGAGGCCCAGCGCCUGGUGGAGGAGUUCAGGAAAACCAAGGGUUCGCCCUUCGACCCCACCUUCUUCCUGAGCCGCUCGGCCUGCAGCGUCAUCUGCUCCAUCGUCUUCGGCCAGCGCUUCGAUUCCGCGGACGAGAGCUUCCUCGACUUGCUGGCCAAGACCAACCAGCUCUUCGUGCGGUUGAGCUCCACCUGGGGACAGCUCUACGAGAUGUUUUCCUGGGUCAUGCGCUUCCUUCCAGGAGCCCACAAACAGAUCUUGCGAGACCUGGAGGACAUCAACAGCUUCAUCAUGGAGAGGAUCAAAGCGAACCAGGCGUCUCUGGACCGUGAUAACCCGCGGGACUUCAUCGACUGCUUCCUCCUCCAGAUGGAAAAGGACAUCCUGAACCCCGCCACGGAAUUCCACCUCAGAAACUUGGCCCUGACGGCGUUCAACCUCUUCUUCGUCGGCACCGAGACCGUCAGCUCCACCCUGCGCUACGGACUCCUGAUCCUGCUGACACACCCGGAGGUAGAAGAGAAGAUGACCCAGGAGAUCGACCGGGUGAUCGGGCGUAGCCGCAUGCCGGCGGUGGAGGACCGGAGCUGGAUGCCCUACACCGACGCCGUCAUCCAUGAGAUUCAGAGGUUCAGCGACGUUAUUCCCAUGAACCUCCCGCAUGCCCUGACCCGGGAUACCCACUUCAGGGGCUACACCAUUCCCAAGGGCACGGAGGUGUUCCCGGUGCUGAGCUCUGUGCUGCGGGACCCCAGCCGCUUCAGGGACCCCGAGAGAUUCGACCCCGGGCGCUUCCUUGACGAGCAGGGUCAGUUCAAGGCGAACAAGGCCUUCAUGCCGUUCUCCACAGCCCACGAGAUCCCUGCUCCUGGGCUGAAGGAGACCCUGGCCCUGGCUUUCGUUCUCACUCAUGUAACUCCGAGCAAUGCAGUUACAUCAGUGCCAGCCAGGCCCCCGAAGAUCCCCCCACUCCCAUUGCACAAGGGCCUUCUACCGGUGUGA